AUGGGCAAGGACUGGCACCCGAACUGCUUCAAGUGCACCCAGUGCAAGAUUCCCCUCGACCCGGAGAACUUCUACGAGAAGAACGGCCUGCCGUACUGCGAGAAGGACUACCACAACCUCUUCAGUCCGAAGUGCGCCGGCUGCAUCAAGCCCAUCAAGGGAACUCCACUGCGAGCGAUGGGCAAGGACUGGCACCCUGAGUGCUUCAACUGCACCAAGUGCCACAUCCCCCUGUCGCCGGACAACUUCUUCGAGAAGAACGGCAAGCCGUACUGCGAGAAGGACUACUACGACCUCUUCAGUCCCAAGUGCUACGCCUGUCUGAAGCCCAUCAAGGGACGGCCACUGCGAGCCAUGGGCCAGGAAUGGCACCCCGAGUGCUUCAAGUGCACCCAGUGCAAGAUUCCCCUCUCUCCCGAUGCCUUUAUGGAGAAGAACGGCAAGCCGUACUGCCUUGAUGACUACCACCGACUCUUUAGCCCCAAGUGCUGUGCCUGCAAUCUCCCAAUUAAGGAGAAGCCCGUCUUUGCGCUGGGCAAGGAGUGGCACCCCCACUGCUUCGUCUGCUCGCACCCUCGCUGCGACCGCGUCCUCGACCCGAACAACUUUGAGACGCACGACGGCAAGCCCUACUGUCGCCACCACUUUCAGGAGAUGUUCCUCCCCAAGUGCUUCGCCUGCAAGAAGCCCAUCACGGAUAAAGUCGUUUCCGCGCUCGGAAAGACCUGGCAUCCGGAGUGCUUCGCCUGUGUGCAGUGCAACCAGCCGCUCGACCUGAACUCCUUCCGCGAGAAGGACGGCCUGCCGUACUGCGAGGCAGACUACCACGCACUCUUCAGUCCCAAGUGCGCCGCCUGUGAGGCGCCCAUCAUUGAGAAAUGCCUGACCGCCCUGGGCAAGACCUGGCACCCGGAGCACUUCACCUGCCAGCACUGCAACAAGAUCAUGGCCGACGACCCGGAGGGCUACCACGAGCACGAGGGCAAGGGCUACUGUCGGCCCUGUUACAUUGAGCUCUUUGCCCCCUACUGUCGCGGCUGCAACAAACCGAUCGUCGACAAGAUCUGCGUCACGGCGCUCAACUCCAAGUACCACACUGACUGCUUCGUCUGCAGGGACUGCUCCUGCCCCCUGAAGAACGGCAACUACUUUGAGUUUGAGGGCGAGCCGUACUGCGAGGAGCACUUUCGCUGCAAGAUGUGCCCUGACUGUGUGAAGCUGCGCCGGGCGCAGAACAAGUACUUUGGAACGCUGAACGGCAAUGCCUCUAGCUCCAGUUCUUCUGGACAGAAGGCCGUCUCCUUCAACACUGGCUCGCUGCCCCACCAGCAUCACAACCACGGAGGAGGUGUAAGCUCGGCCAAGGCCGCCUCCCCGUCGACCAGUCGUUCCUCCAGUCAGGCGCAGCAGCAGCAUCCCUUCUCCAUUAGGCUAGGGGCCUAG